GAUUAUUUUGGAAAAUGCUGCAGGUGUCAUAAUCUGGAGUCGCUUCGUCCCCCUGUCGUACUAAAAACGCUUAUUUUCUUCUUGUCUCUUGCUGUGCGUCCAAUCUAAAUUAUGCACCGUGACACAUGCCGCUCCCCGAAACUACCCUUCUACUAACUGUUCAUGGUUGGUUUACCAUCGAUGCAGAACUAAUCACCAGUGAGAACGGACGCCACGUGAGAUAGAUCCAGUCGUACACAUUCAAUUAGUUAUUUAAUCGCGUUAAGUAACAACACGAAGGAAGGGGGAAGAGGGCAGAGCGUGAGCGCCCGUAAGCGGUACAAGUUUCACGCUCGAGAUCAAGCGGCUGACACGUGCGUUCACAGUCCUGGCGCUUUUCCAAUAUUAGCACCGGAUUGCUCUCCGUCCAGAGUCUCCAGACGCGAGUGUCCCGUUAAUAAACGCAGCCGACAGAUUUCUUCUGCGCAAUAAACCGCAAACUACUAGACCACAAAAAUGAGAUCAAAUUGUACAAUUGCAUUUCUGCUUGUGGUGAUUGGUGCCUACUACGUUUAUUUACCGAUUCCAGGGGAAAUUGAACAAAAAUGGAAACUAAUGAUCACGGACAGCUUCUUCAGAAGUCUCAGCCACCUGGCAGACUUCAGUGAACUCCUGGGCCUGAAGGACUACAUGGGAGUUAUGAUGCUCAUCACCGUCAUGGAGACGGUCGCCCCGGCGACCGACAGGCGCGUGCGGGUGACGGAGGAGGUGUUCGACGGGGUGGACGUGGUGGUGUACCGGCCCGGCCAGCAGGGCGGCUCCAGGGAGCUGCGGAGAGCCGUCAUCUACCUGCAUGGAGGAGGGUGGUGUCUGGGGAGCUCUAGAAUGGAACCAUAUGAUCUCCUUGCCAGGAAGAUGGUUGUCGAGCUGAACGCGGUUGUCAUUUCUGUGGAGUACCGCCUGGCCCCUGCGCACCCCUUCCCCGCCCCAUUUGAGGACGUGUACCGGGGGGUCCGGUACUUCCUGCGGGACCGCGUCCUGGCCCGAUACUCGGUGGACCCCACCCGAAUCGCUGUGUCGGGGGACAGCGCCGGCGGGAACCUGGCGGCCGCCGUGGCUCAGAAGCUGCAGCAGGAGCCCGGCCAGCAGGUGGCGCUAAAGGCGCAGGCUCUGCUGUACCCCGUCCUGCAGGCCCUAGACCUCAACACCCCGUCCUACCGGCAGAACCAGGACAUGCCCAUCCUGCCCCGCACCCUGAUGGUGCGCUUCUGGAGCGAGUACUUCACCAGCGACAAGACCCUGUUCCACGCCAUGAUGACCAACUCCCACAACCGCCCCGAGGACGCCCACCUGCUCAAGUUCGUCAACUGGAGCUCGCACCUGCCCGAGAGCUUCCGCGGGGCGUACCGGUACAGCGCCCCGGAGGCGGCGGCGGCGGCGGGGGCGGCGGCGGAGGUUCCGGUUUCGGCUCCGACCGGCGCGGACCCGUCCGGGCCCUUCCGGGCCGUGGCGGACCCCCGGGCGUCGCCCCUGCUGGCGCAGGACGGGGGCCUGCGGCUGCUGCCCAAGGCCUACAUCCUGACGUGCGAGUACGACGUGCUGCGGGACGACGGCGUGAUGUACGCCACCCGCCUGCGCGGCGCCGGCGUCAACGUCACGCACCGCCACUACGCCGCCGGCUUCCACGGCGCCCUCAUGUUCACCGUCUGGCCCGCCGACUUCCAGAUCGCGCACCGGAUGACCGAGGACUACGUCAGCUGGCUGAGGGAGAACCUGUAGCCCCGCCCCUCACCCCCUCCACC